AUGGAUCAGAAAUCACUGUCAUCGCUAGUCGAGACAUGGCUCCAGUGGGACCAGGAUCCCAGGACUCGCGCAGAAAUAGAGCACCUUCGGGAUACCAAUGACGAGACCGCACUGGAGUUAUGCCUACGGAACCGCAUUGAAUUUGGCACGGCAGGCUUACGAGGCCGUAUGGCGGCGGGGUUCUCCUGCAUGAAUUCCUUGAUAGUUAUUCAAGCUUCUCAGGGAUUGGCCAAGUAUAUCCGAACUCAACGGCCUGAGAUUGCCGCUAACGGCGUUGUCAUUGGAUAUGAUGCGCGCCAUAACUCUCGCAGAUUCGCUGAGCUUGCUGCCAAUGCCUUCAUUGCAUUGCAGAUCCCCGUCUACUUCUUUUCCCAAUGCUCGCCUACCCCAAUGGUUCCUUUUGGUAUCAACCAAUUCAAAGCCGCGGCGGGUAUAAUGGUUACCGCGAGCCAUAAUCCGCCUCAAGACAACGGUUACAAGGUUUAUUCUAGCAAUGGUGCCCAAAUCAAUCGACCCGAAGACGGAGAAAUAGCACAGUCUAUUCGUGAUAGCCUUGAGCCGUGGCCGGGUGCAUGGGAUGAACUGCAGCCUGGCAAAUACUUGCAUGCCGACGCCUACGAAAAUAUCAUUCUUUCCUACAGGGCGCGGGUCAAAGAACACGCGCUUUCGACAAUUCCAGGCUGGAAAGAUCUCAGCUCAUUUGUUUAUACGCCUCUUCAUGGCGUUGGAGGUCUAGUACUUCCAGACGUUUGCAAAUCGCUGGCGGUACACGACUUCUUAUCUGUUCCUCUUCAGUCAGUACCGGAUCCUGAGUUCCCCACGGUCAAAUUUCCCAACCCCGAAGAAGCCGGGGCUCUUGAUCUUGCCAUACAAACCGCGGAUCAAGAAGGGAGAACUCUGAUCAUUGCCAAUGACCCCGAUGCAGAUCGGUUUGCAGCGGCGGAGAAGGUGAAUGGCGAAUGGUUUCUCUUCACUGGUAACCACAUGGGCGUUCUUUUGGGAUCUCAUGUCCUUGAUUCCUUGAACAGCGAAGGUCUGUCACAGGCUACAUUGUUGACGACAACCGUAUCCAGUGGCAUGCUGGAAAAAAUGGCCAAGUCCAAAGGAGCUCAGUUCCAAGAGACAUUGACUGGUUUCAAAUGGAUGGGCAAUGUUGCCCGAGACCUUGAACGCACUGGAAAGACCGUGCCGUUUGCCUACGAGGAAGCCCUUGGUUACAUGUUCCCUUCAGUCUGCUAUGAUAAGGAUGGUAUUACAGCUGCUGCCGUCUUUUUAGUGGCAUAUGCCAAAUGGAGAUCUCAAGGGUUGACCGCGCAGGCGAAACUUCAGCAGCUGUUCGGGAAAUUCGGUCACCACGAGACAUUGAACAACUACUUUCGUUCCCCUAGCCCACAUCUGACGGUUGAGCUGUUUCGUGGCAUUCGAAGUGGCCCCUUCCUCGCCAGCAAGACUUUGGGCCCCUUCAAGAUCCUCCGUUGGAGAGACCUGACACAAGGAUUUGACUCCGCCUCUUCGGAUAAUAAACCCGAUCUGCCUGAAGAUUCCACCAGUCAGAUGCUGACCCUAUGGCUGGAUGGAGGGGUGCGCUUCACCAUUAGAGGCUCGGGUACAGAACCGAAGGUCAAAUUCUACAUUGAGAGCUGUGGCGCCUCUCGUGACAACGCCGUGAAGGCUGUAUGUGAAACCUUCCUCACAAUCCUGACAGAAUGGGUCCAGAAAUACACCCCUUCCAUGAACCACAGCAGCCGGCUUCCCACCUCGUCAGGUCACAUCCUUGAUAUGGAGAAGCAAUGA